GCCACACCUAGAUCCUGCCCUAUUUUCACAAAAAGGCACAAGCUUUUCUUCAGCUACGUUUAUGUGUGUGCCGGUGCUGUUAGUACCCGGCUGUGUAACUUGAUAGGGGGCAUCGAGAGGGAUAAGGGAAUGUUGAGUUGCAAUGGAGCAGAGUACGAUACAGUGGUUAGGUGCUCCUAGCUGCCUUCGAGGCUCCUUUGCCUUUUAUAAGUCAGUGGGUUGCAAGCAGGAAUCCGGGGGUCCGACUCAGGUCUGGAAGCUUGGGGAGUUCUACUUCAUGCGCUGUGGCCCUCAGGAGCCUGUGUGUAUAGCGGAGGUCACAUUGCUGUGGGAAGAUCAGACACAGCGCCGACUGCUGGCCAGUUCUAGACUCUACUUCUUACCUGAGGACACUCCGAAGGGCAGAGCAGUGGAGCAUGGAGAGGAUGAAGUCCUUGCUGUAUCCAAAAAGAUUGUAGUGAGAGUGGAGGAUCUGGUGAAGUGGACUUGUCAGGAACCGCCACAGUGGAAGCGCAGCAGUCAAAACAUUCAUGGGCCUCUGAUGUCUGAUGGGUCACAAGAUGCUAGUUAUCCACAGGAAGGAAAAACAGAGAGUGAGGAUGAGUCUCUAGGAGUGCAGCAGAAGGUGAAAAUUCUCAGUUACCCCCAGUACUGCCGCUUUCGUUCCCUUCAAAGACGUGUCCCCGAUCAAGCUAGCUGCCCUGGUCUGCAGGACCCUCAUCUGCUGGCUCUGGGGGGUAUAAAAGUGGCCCUCCAAAACACACGAGUCCUCUACUGUCGGGAUACCUUCAACCACCCCACUCUAGACAGCAAUGCUAGCAUACUGACACAGCUUGGAUGUUCCUCUCUCAGUCUAAAGGGGAGGCCUCGUAAAAGAAAGGGCAUGGAUGGUAAAGGAUCCGAUCAGCAAAACCAUAACCAUUUAUCAGAGUCAUGGAUGGAAAGAAUGAAGGAGAAUGUGAUGGGCAGUGUGGAGAUGCAUUGGGAUGGGAACUGGCUCCCACAUCCAGAAGAGCAGCUCUUCCUCGAUCAGCUAUAUAUCUUUAUGGAGCGGAGGGGUUCCCCUAUAAGCAAAGUUCCCAACCUGGGGUUCAAAAAGAUUGACCUCUUCCUCAUGUAUUCAGUUGUAAAAAGGCUGGGGGGAUAUGAGAGGGUGACAUCGCACCGUUUGUGGAAGACCGUGUACAAUGAGUUGGGUGGAAGCCCAGGCAGCACCAGCGCUGCCACCUGCACAAGGAGGCAUUAUGAAAGGCUGAUGCUCCCUUAUGAACUGUAUGUAAGGGGAGAAAACCCAGAGCUUAGCAAGCCCAGAGCUACAUCUGUCUUUCCCACCACCAUCAAAAAGACUGUACGGGGCAGAGGGGUGUCAAACAGUCCAAAAAAGAAUGCAGUUACAAACCAGGCCUCACCACCAGAUGGUGGUGGUGUUGGUGUUGUACGUAAAAGAGGAAGACCACCUGGAAAACGCAAUGCUAAAGUUCUGGCCAGAGGCAGAGUUGGAAGACCACCCUUGCAUCCCAAACCUCCCUCAGAGAAACCAGCAAGACCCCAUCAGGAAAUUGUCCAGCCAUUGACUAUUUUUCAAGAACUGAAGCUCACCAACCAUCCUCAUGGCCAAGGUCUGUCCCUUGUAUCCGCUACUCCGGUGCCCCACCAACCCGCACUGGGACGAGAUGUGAAGACGGAGACUGUAGAACCUCAAGCUCCCUCUUUUCUGUCGGUUCCUUGCAAGUUGCUGGCAGGUGGUUCCCUGGAAGGAUUCAGUCCCACUAAAGGACUGUGUCCUUUGGACCUCUUUAGAGCCCGUCUGGGCCUCAAUGGAGUGAGUACUCAUGAGGUAACUCCUCAAGAUUCUUCUACACCCCACCAGACAAUUACGGUCCAUCAGCCCAAAGUCAGUACACCCGAGACCCCUGAGAGUCUCCAGCACCAGUGUUCAGGGUGUAGUUUGGAUGCCUCAUCCCAAAACGGAGGACCCGCCGUGACCAGAGCUCCCCUGCCUCCUCUUAGGAUCCUUCCGCUUGACAUUGGCUGUAGUCUGCAGUUGCGUCAACUGAUGCGCACCCGUCUUGGCUCGACACACAUGAACACCUUCACCAAGAGACUUUCUGAAGUUCUGGCUCAGGAUCUCAGCAAGACCUCCCAACCCAACGGGAGUGUUCCUCAAGAGCAAUCCCUUCCACUGAACCUGAGCAAGAGAGCCAUUACCAAGAGGUCUGCUGGGGACAUGGAGCUCACAGAACUGCAGGGUCGGGAUGUCCAGUCUAUGACCAAGAGACCAAAGGUGGAAACUGAGGAUCUCGAAGCAUCUCUAAAGUGGAAUGGCAUGCCCUUUCUGGUGCCUUUGAAUCAAGAUGAGCCAGCUGAUCUUAGCUCUCCUAGCAGGGCCAGAGCUUUAGUUCAGGACAGGACCAAUGUGGCUUUGACUUUUCCCGAAGCCACUUGUUUCUCUUUCGUGCCCAAAUUGGAUGCCUCCCUUGAAAAGCCCUACAGUAUUGGUGCUUCCCCAGACACUCUACCUUGUAUUUAUCACAUGAAACAAGGGGAAGACAAGAUCAGCGCAAACACCUUGACAGUUAAGAAAGAACCAGAGAGCGCAUCUCUGGAUCCAAAUCUAGAACCUCAAUCAAACAGUGACCUCUACUCGCAGUGUGUACCUACUGAUGAUAUCAAAGAGUCGGAUGCAGUUUCCUCUCUCAAAGUACUCUCUAGUUCCCUCCUUUCGAAGCCAUCUAGCUGUUAGCAUGCAGGCAUUGGAGUGUUACUAACUCUUGCAUACUUUAUCACUCCUUUCUGCUCUGCCUUUCCCGCAAACACGUUUGUGUUGUGUAUGAUCAAAGAGACAGUUCUGCAGAUGCAUUGCUAUCUGCUAAGUACCUGCUUUUAAAACACUACUAAACUUUGAACUGAUGCAGGUGGCCAUGGUUUUACCAAAGAUAAGGUGCCUUGAACUUGAUUAUUCUAUAUUUUAGUACUUUUUAAGUUGAAACAUAUGCUGUAGAUAGUGGAUCAUCAAGUGGCCAGCCAAUAAAGGACAUUUAAUAUGACUCAUGGAGCAUUUGAUUUCUUUGAAAAAAAAAAAAAAAUAAAUAAUAAAAAUAAUAAUAAUAAUAAUAAUAAUAAUAAUAAUACAGAUAUUUAAGAAAAACAUGGACACAGAAUCUGGGUCUAGUUACUGUUGGAUUCAGAUAUCAAAAUCAUUGUGACAUCAUUUCAGAAGAUUUGGUCAGCUACUGUACUUUUUCCUUCAGCAUAAAUGCUUUGUUUAUAAAUGGUAAUUUGUUUUUAUUUUAUGAUAAAACAGUGUCAUUUUGUGGGUGUAGGUUAUACUCUCAGUUAUUAUUUAUGUUUCACUCAUUUAUCUAGGUUCUUCUUUACUGUUCUUAAGCAGUGUGAUUUUUCUCCUCUUUGUGUGUAUUUUGUUGAACCUUGCUAUUUAAGAAAUGGGCACCAUAUGACCUCUGUGCUGGAUCUUAUCUUAUUUUCCCUAACUACUCGUUUUAGAACAAUGUACUGUAUUAUGCAAAUGGUAUGCAUAUUUUGGGUCUCAAUGCAAAUUUCCUCUUGUUUUUCUUUUAUCAUUUUAAAAGUGCUUUUUAUUAACAUAUAGUCAUAUAUUGUAGUUAAUUACUAUGUGUGUUCCUGAUAAACCAUCAGAUGGUUUACCAUAGACAUCAAUUACAUGUUUACAGAGAAACUGAUGUAGAACCGCCUGUUGUGAGAAAAUGGGUAACUUAAUUUGCUUUUCACUCCUCCUUUUAGUCCGACCUCUCGAUGCAAUGUAUUUCACAGGUUUACAGAUGACAAAUUAUAUUUAAUAAUUUUCACUUGGUUUAUAAUGAAUAGUGAUUAAUUACUUGUGUAAAACACAUUUGUAUGAUCAUUCUUUAUUAUUCUGUUGGUUGUAUUUUUCUUUCAUUUAAUUUCUGUACUUGAAAGGCAGCCAAACAGAACGCUAAUCCCUAUUUAAUGUUCUAUAAACUGUUGUAAUGCCACCAGGUUACAAAAAAUAUUUUUUUUCUUAUUUUGCAUGCUAUGCUAAUGGAACAUGGACUCUGUGACACUUUGUCACUGCAGACAUGUUUAAACACUGAAUAUUUAUAAUAAAAAAAUUAUGUACUUG